ACUGUUUUCAUAACAAUAUCAUCAGUGAUUUGCAUACACACACAUGUCGAAGACUGGUUUCCUCGUCAGCUUAUCACGCUCCGGCCGCAUGAUGAUGAUGUUGUUUGCCGAUUGCCGAUUCCCCAACUAGAUCAGCGGUUGGGGUAUAAAAGCGAUUAGCAGCAGCCGCCUUGAACACACAAUCAAAUCGACACGAUACGUGGCUAAAACCAAUCAUAACCAACAAAGCUCCUCAAAUUUUUUCCAUAACGUGAAAAAACAAAUGUGUCAAUGAAGACACCAGAUACCAAAGCGAAGCUUUUAAAUAAUAUAAGUCUCUCUAAACAUCUAUCCUCUAAAAAGGGUUCACGCACCAGCAACUGCGGCAAUCGUCUGGAAUUCUCCGUGCUCACACUUCUAACCAACGUGCCCUGACUUUGUUCAAGCUCUAGUUAUCCGCUGUAACUGU